UUACUCUUGCGACCAUAUACUCAUUUCCCGAUCCUAGGGUUUCUUUCUAUCAGGAGAGCACCAGCUGCCGCCAUGGUUCUCAAGACUGAACUUUGCCGCUUCAGUGGAGCCAAGAUAUACCCUGGCAGGGGUAUCAGAUUUGUUCGAUCAGACUCUCAGGUCUUCCUCUUUGCCAAUUCAAAAUGCAAGAGGUACUUCCACAACCGGCUGAAACCCUCAAAGCUUACCUGGACAGCCAUGUACAGGAAGCAACAUAAGAAGGACAUUGCUCAAGAGGCUGUGAAGAAGAGGCGUCGCACUACCAAGAAACCCUACUCAAGGUCUAUUGUAGGUGCUACUUUAGAGGUUAUACAGAAGAAAAGAACUGAAAAGCCCGAAGUUCGUGAUGCUGCCAGGGAGGCUGCUCUCCGCGAAAUUAAGGAGAGGAUCAAGAAAACCAAGGAUGAAAAGAAGGCCAAGAAAGCUGAGGUGACGGCCAAGACCCAGAAGGCCCAAGGCAAAGGUAACAUGUCUAAGGGUGCUGCACCAAAGGGCCCCAAGCUUGGAGGUGGUGGUGGAAAGCGUUGAAAAGCUCCUUGUCUCCUGCUUUUCUAUUCGGUAAAAAAGGUUUAUUAAAAGAAGUUUGAGAAUUUUGUCUGUGCUUGUUUUUAGUAUAUCUUGCAUGCAUGAAAGAUUGUUAUGUACGGCUUUUAUCUUGGAUUCGUAGUUUAUGGUUUAUUUGGUACUGGCAAUAUGAUCUAGAUCAUCUUAA